CAAAAUUGGUCAGGAUAUGAAAUAUGGUACAAUUAAGUAUUGAGUCCAUUUCUAUUCAGGGAUUUUAUCAAAUAAGCUUAAUGGAAUUUGAUUGUAUUUGAGGAAUCUCUCAAUUGAGACAGCAUAUAGUUUUUAUUUUGUCAACGAGCCUUAACUCAAGUGGUGUCGGACAGCAGAGAUCUUAAGUUCAAAUUUCAUGUAAUUAAAAAAUAAAAUAAAAAAUAAAAAAAGAGUGAGUUGCCACAUAAGCAAAGGUGUGAUUCUCUCGUAUCCUCCACAUCCAAACACACCCCAAUGACAGAAUAAGGUAACUUCAUUUUAAAAGGACCGUUGGAGCCAAAAGACACGCCCUUUAGACUGUAACGGCUACUUACCAUUUGAAAAAAAACAAUAAACCCUCUUUGGAUCCCAGCCAAAAAUCUUCACAUUCUUCUGAUCACCAAAUCCCAAAAGAACAAAAAUCUUCUCAUUCUUCCCUCAGAUCUCACAAUUCCUUUCGAACUCUUCAUCAUUCUCUUCUGCGAUUCUUGAUCCUCGUUUUCGUCUCAGAGAUUAGCCAUGGACCUCGGCUGCUUGGACUUGGGUUGCAUCUCCGUGUCAGACAAGCAAGGCACUAACGACGCCGUUCUUGAUUCCGACAACAAGGAAAACGACGCCACGACCACCGCGAGCCCCAAGAUCGGAAAGAAUAAAAAUUUGAGAGAGACUAGCCUAUCGACAUUGAAUUCUCUUAACAAAUCACAAAUAAAGAAGCCUUCUCAUCGUAGGACCUCUCCUCUGAACUGGUUCCCGCGAAAAAAAGGGGACUCCUAUUUGAAGAGGAAGAUCAAAAUGCUGCAGGAAGUAGAUGGCAUGAAUUUAACUCUCGAUGAGACUUUAGGGGAUUCUAAUCCGCAUUACUCAAAAGUCCUAAGGGAAAAAAUGGCAGCAAAAGAAGCUGCACAAAAGGCAAUGGAGGCACGAAAAGCAGCACUGGUGGAAGCAUCUUGGUGUCGCAUUCUUAGGGCAUCCAGGAUUCAAAGCAAAGAAGCAGAAGCACAGCUGUUGAAAGCAGACAAGGCUGCAGCCGAAGCUUUUGAAGAGGCAACAGCUGUGGGAGUUAUCAUGUUUGACAAACCAAAUUGCCCUCGGAAGCCAUGUAAAAUAGAAACAUCCACUGUUAAUGGAGGAGAGUCUACUACUCACACAGUCACAGCAUCUUUUGAGACUGCAUUUGACGUUGAUAAAGAAGUAGCUGCAGCUGUUAAAAUUGCAUUAGUAAGGCUUGGAAAUUCUCCUUCUUUUAGUAAAGAUGAAUUCAAAGAUCUGCUCCGAAAAAUUAGUGAGAAUCCUGAUACAAGUGAAAAUAAUCAGGAAUCGUCUGAGUUUACUUCAGAAUGUGAAUCAGAAUCUGGAUCAGAACUUGAAGUAGUAUCCCAGAAAGAUACUAUCAUUUCCCAAGAUUUGGAUCAUAAGAUGUCAGGUUUUGAGGAAAGACAGAGUAAAAACAGAAGGCAGUCAUUUGGUAAGCUUAAUAUGGCAAAGAUAGCAGACAUGAUGCUUGAGAGGCUUCAAUGUUUGCAAGAAGAUGAACUCUCCUCUCUUGCCACUAUAGUUGCUACUUGUGGUUUAAAUGCUGCCUUAACGGAAGUUGAAAAUAGCAAGCUUCAUGAUCAAGGCUCUGCUGCUGAGACCCUUCCACAAAGAUUUGGAGCGGCAAAGCCUGAAUACUUCAGAGAUGGGCAGGUGAGAAGGAAGCAAACUACAUCAGAACUCCCAAGUCUAGACAAGUUUUUAGUUAAGCACAUGACCAAACUUGAGAAAGAAGUGCAAGAAGCCAAGAAUAGAAGGAAUAAGUUGACGGAAAAAACUGAAACUGUUGAUGAGAAGGCCAAAUUAGAUAACAUUGGAAAUACCUCUGAAACCAUUCCAGGCCUGGGAAGCAUUUUUCUGAAGCAUGGUUCAAAAUUCGAAAAAGAGAUUGAAGAGGCAAAGAAAAAUUCAAGUGGACAUUUUGAAAUGCUUCAAAAGAGUUCACAGAGAAACAAAAUAUCUUCUGAUGCCAUUCCUGACUUGGAAAGUAUGCUGAUUAAACAUUCUUCAAAACUUGAAAAGGAAGUUGAAGAGGCCAAGACGAAAUUUGUGAAAACAUCUGCUACGAGUGACCAAAAAUCAGUAGUGGGCAGUCGUAAAAAAGAACAUGUCUCAGAACUCCCCAGCCUAGACAAGUUCUUAGUGAAACAUGUCUCAAGACUUGAGAAGGAAGUCCAAGAAGCAAAGAAUAGAAGGAGGACUGAUGUACAUGAAGGAGUUAGGUUUCCUUAUCUGAGGAAGAAAAUUGAUUCAUUUGCAUCAGUUGCACAACAAAAGAAAAUGGCUAUUUCUUCUUCUGAGGAAGGAUCAGAGGGGAAAGAAAAUUUAGACUUAAACAAGGAUGUUGAGGAGCAUUCUAGGAUGGAGCAAAAUGAAGUUGGGUCUUCACCGCAGAAUCCUAGUGCAGAGGAAAUAAACUCACUUCAGAAUACGAUGGCUGAAACUAAAGAGACUGAAGAUGGUUUAGACAAGAUUAUGGUCAAACCAGUCCACUGGUUGGAAAGGGAGAAAAUCCAAGCCUUGGCAAUGGGAAACAAUUACGAAUAUCAUACGCUCAAAAAGAAAAAGGGAGAAAGCAGUGUUACUCAAUGUGAGAGCUUGGACAAAGUUUUGGUAAAACAUGUUUCCAGACUGGAGAAAGAGAAGAUGAAGCAACAGUCAGAAGACGAAGCAACUGAAGUGAAAAGAAGUAAUGCAAAACUGCCUUCACAUAUGGAAGAAGCAUGUGGUUUGGACCAAAUUCUGGUUAAACAUAAAUCAAGGCUUGAAAGAGAAAAGGUGGCUGCUGCUCAGCAACCAGAAGAACAAACCAGAUUCUCUGUAACUCGUAAAGAAGCAAGGGAGAGAGAACUACAAGAACAAUGGGGAGGUUUAAGCUUAGGAAACUCCAUGAAGCCACAUGUCUCGAAACUUCAACGAGAUAAGGCCGCUUGGAUUAAAGCUGAACAGGAGGAGAAGAGGCAAGGUACUGGUUUCUCAGAUUGAAGCCGAAUAUUAUAAAAGGAUUGAAGACGGAAAUAUAGUUACAUGUGAACUUUUGUGAAGUCUCUUCAUUUUCUAUUCAGUGAUCAAUGCGAUCAAUGCGAUCAAUGCGAUCAAUGCUUUUUUCCCCCCCUGUUUUUUACCAUAUUGCAUUGUAACAGGAGAAUGAUAAUUGUCUAUAAAUAUAAUCAAUUCAAUUUGGUUAA